CUUAUUUGUCGCUCUUUUUUCUGUCAAAUUUCAUUCAUAAAUUGAAUUUCACCUGUUUGAUUGACAUUUUCUGGAGAAUUAAUUAAUAAAGAAGAUGGCAGACGUUGUUGCAGAGCUACAGAUGAACAUAGAAAAACUUGAGAAAGAUUUUGAAAAGUUGAAAACUGAGAAUGAAAAAGACAAAGCCAAUGAAGUUAAGAAGGAGCUGGACAGACUGAAGAAUAAACUGAAAGACCAACAAAAGAAGCAAAAAAGUGAGAAGCCACUUUCAAAUCAGGAACAGGACAGCCUAGCCAAAAAAGUUACUAGGUUAGGUUUGGAAUUUACUAAGGAAGAAAAUUUGUCAGAUUGGUAUUCUCAAGUGAUAACGAAGGCAGAGCUGAUUGAAUAUUAUGACGUAAGUGGUUGCUACGUGCUCAGACCCUGGUCCUACAGCAUCUGGGAGAGAAUCAAGGCCUGGUUUGAUGCUGAAAUUAAAAAAAUUGGUUUCGAAAACUGCUACUUCCCAAUGUUCGUUUCAAAUGCUGCUCUAGAGAAGGAGAAGUCUCACAUUGCUGAUUUUGCACCUGAGGUGGCCUGGGUAACAAAAUCAGGAACGACUGAAUUAGCAGAGCCAAUAGCAAUCCGGCCAACCAGUGAAACAGUGAUGUACCCGUCGUAUGCAAAAUGGGUUCAGUCUCACAGAGAUCUGCCAAUCAAGUUGAAUCAGUGGUGCAAUGUUGUGAGAUGGGAGUUCAAACACCCACAACCAUUCCUGAGGACCAGAGAAUUUUUGUGGCAAGAGGGGCAUUCUGCUCAUGCUAAUUAUCCAGAUGCUGAGAAGGAGGUGUAUUACAUUCUCGAUCUUUAUGCAUCAGUUUAUGAAGAUCUCUUGGCCAUCCCUGUUAUCAAAGGUAAGAAAACGCAGAAAGAAAAAUUUGCUGGUGGCGACUACACGACCACAGUUGAAGCUUAUGUGGCUGCUUCUGGCCGAGGAAUUCAGGCUGCCACAUCCCACCACCUUGGACAAAACUUUUCAAAGAUGUUCGACAUUUCCUUUGAAGAUCCGGAAACUCAUGAGAAACAUUUUGCUCAUCAAAAUUCUUGGGGCCUGACGACUCGAUCGAUUGGUAUAAUUGUUAUGGUGCAUGGUGAUAAUAAGGGAUUGGUUCUGCCUCCUAAGAUUGCUUCUAUUCAGGUAAUCGUAAUUACAUGUGGUGUAACGGCCCAGUUGAAAGAAGAGGAGAAAGAAAGUUUGAUGACAAAAUGUAACCAGUUGGUGAGCACAUUGAAGAAGGCUGACAUCAGAGCCUCUGCUGACCUGAGAGACAACUACAGUCCUGGCUGGAAGUUUAACCACUGGGAACUUAAGGGAGUACCAAUUAGGAUCGAAAUAGGACCUAGGGAUGUGCAAAAAAAUGAAAUGGUGGCCGUAAGAAGGGACACGGGUGAAAAAUUGACCAUAAAAUUUGACGGGGCAACUGAAAGCAUCAGUGCACUGUUGAAGACCAUUCAGGAGGGCAUGUUCAACAAAGCCAAGAAGGAACUGACGGACAACAUGGCAACAUGUUACAACUUCGAUGAAUUGUGUGCUGAAUUAGAGAGGAAGAAAAUUAUUGCGGCUCCGUUCUGCGGUGAGAUUGCGUGUGAGGACCAAAUUAAAAAGCUCAGUGCCAGGGAUGCGGUGACGGAGGAGGGGGGACCAGCCAUGGGAGCCAAAGGGUUGUGCAUUCCUUUCCAACAACCAGCCAACAUCAAAGAAACUGAUAAAUGCAUCGGACCUGACUGCACCAACAAACCUCAAUUCUUCACCAUUUUUGGCAGAAGUUACUGAUAUUGUCGCGGUGUCUUAUUAACUAUCUCACUUUCAUUAUUAUCAUUAAUGCAUAGCUUCAGGGGCGCUUGUAUAAAGGAUGACCUUUGUCGCUUCCGUAGACUUGGAUAAAAAAAAGUGCUUUGAUCGUUUCCUAGAAACCUAUCGAGAAUCUUGUAUAUUUAGCAGGGCCGCGUGUUUAAAAAUUAAAUAGUUGUUAAGUAUGAAAAUUGUCAUCUUUAUUGAUAUCCUUCGUUUAAAAAUGUAACUUUGUUUAACGUUAAUACAUUAAAAUGUUUAAAUUUGGAAGGCUUCAAUACGAAGCAGGCGAAAUACAAACAUCUAACACGGUA